CAUCGAUGUCGUUCCUUGGCAUAGGAAUUUGCUGACGCCGCAAUUAUUGAACCGUCCACUAAAUUCUAGGUGUCUGUCUAGACUCGGCUUCCCCGACAAGCAGGCUCCAGCCAUUCCUACAUUCCCAAGUCCGCGUGGGACCCUCCAGCACUGCGCAACUAGCAGUAUGAGCCACCAACAACCUUCGCUGCCUAGGCCUCCAUAGGCCUCCUACAAGCUAAGCAGCUACGGCAAACCGCUACCGAAGGCCACAUACCGUACAACGAACACAAGCGGCAGUAGUAAGCCGGUACCCCAUGGCACAUGACUCCACAAGCACCGCCGCCAACCGCAGUAGCGGCGGUGGCGCCGGAGGCAGUAGCAGCGCCGGAGGCUCCAUGCUGACGUCAGCGGCGCCGCAACCGUCAACGGCUACUGCAGCGGCAGUUGCAACCGUCCAACGAGCCUCCCAAACCGGUGGCGGUGGCAGCAGCCAAUGUCACAACGGUGGCGGCGGUGGCGGCCUUUCUCCGUACAUGUUACUCACCGACCCCUUUGCAAAAGAUGCAACGGCGGCAGCACCGCAAUCGCCAUUGCCAGGCAGCAGCAGUCAGGGGCGUCUGCGAGCACGUCAAGGUGUGACGGCACGCGUCAGUGACAGCGGCGGCGGCACCAUCGCCGCCGCCGUCGCUAGCGGGGACGUCGCUGCCGCCAAGGCCGCCGCCGCCGCUGCCGCGGCCGCCGCCGCCAAGGCCGCCGCCUUGUCUCCAAGCAGCUCAAAGCCCC